GUUGUAAAUUCUCUUGUUUGGCUAGUCAGGUUUUCAUUUGAGACGCAGCUUGUAGAAAAGAAGGAAACCUUGCGCUCGGAGACUCAUCUGCCCCACGUAUCAGCCACCAUGUCCUAUGUGGCCGGGUCGUACGCGGGCAAGUCGUACGCAGACAAGUCGUACGCCGACAAGUCGUACGCCGACAAGUCCUACAGGGAGAGCGCAUUGACGGGCUACGAUGAAGCAGCCAAAUCGGUGUACGAGCAGCAGCUCUUGAAGGAGAAGAAGAAGCGCAAAGAGGCGAUGCACUGCGAAGUUGCCGCUCUCGUGAUCGGAUUCGUGGGUCUGAUCGGCGUCGCAGCUGUCACAGGCCUCCCCAUGUGGAAAGUGACGGCGUUCAUCCAGGAGAACAUCAUCGUAAUGGAGACACGCUGGGAGGGCUUAUGGAUGAACUGCUACCGCCAGGCCAAUAUCCGCAUGCAGUGCAAAGUGUACGACUCCUUGCUCUACCUGCCUGCCGAGCUUCAGGCUUCCCGAGGCCUAAUGUGCACCGCCGUGGCUUUGACGACCAUUGCCUGCAUCGUCUCUGCCGUUGGGAUGAGGUGCACUCGCCUGGUGGACUCGCGGCCACGUGUCAAACACAUCGUCCUGGUCUGCGGCGGAUGUCUAUUUCUUGGAGGAUGUAUCGCCACUUUGAUUCCCGUCUCUUGGACGGCCAACGUUAUCAUCAGGGACUUUUACAACCCCUUGCUGAUUGACGCACAGCGCAGGGAGCUCGGCGAGGCACUCUACAUCGGCUGGGUCACCGCUGCGUUAUGUUUCAUCGCUGGGGUUAUACUUCUGUGCCGUCAUGCUCCAAGGGUCGAGGAGAAAGACGACGUUGACUCUGUCCUGUACAGAGCCCAGUACACUCCCUACAGCAACAGCUAUAACCCUGGAUAUACCUAUCAACCAGCCUACAACUACCAACCGGCUUACGGGUACCAACCCCCUUCUGUUUCCUACGUACCAAGCAGAUAUUGAAGAAAUCGCAUUUAUAAAAUAGGCCUAAGAUUUUUACAGCAUCUUGGAUCCAACUGAUCAACAUCCUGGCAUUGUAUAAAAUGAUGGUAGAUUUUUUUCAGGAAUUUUAACCUUUUACAAAAAGUUGCUUUAUUUAUCAAAAUGUAUUAAUCAGAAUCAUUGUUGCACCUAUAAUUUUUAUUUUAAGGGUAAAAUUGUGUUUGCCAACAGUCCUCGCCUUGUGGACCCCAACAAAAAUAUUUAGACAGUGUGUACAAAUUAAACAAGAUGCCUUCCAGGAAAACGGUGACGUGACACCCUACGGACAUUGAACACAUACACACCCAUACUAUAAGAAAAACUCUUGUAAGCGCUUGUCAAAAUGCUGUAAUAUAUUUUUCGAUUUUUAUCUAGGAAUAAGUGUCCUUUUUUUAUGUUUAUACCAUUUCUUGAAAAUAAAAUUUCACACAACUA